AUGAAGGCUAUUGCGGCGGAGAACAAGGUUGAAGUCAUCCGCCUUAGGGCGCGUAGAGCAAAGGGCGCCGGAGCGACGAAGACGACCCUCAUACUCACAGUAGACGGGGUAAACGCGGCCAACAAGAUUUGCGAUCAAGGACUGCUUCUCCAGUCCGAGCUUUUCAACUCAGAACCCUACGACGACUCGCUCGAUCCCAAACAGUGCUUCCGAUGCUAUCAAAUGGGCCACCUUGCCCGCUACUGCGAAGCGAAGCCGACGUGUGGACGGUGCGGCACUGACCCGCACCCAGACAACGAGUGCCCGGCCGCGUUGGGCCAAUCUCCGCAUAAGUGUCCCCUUUGCGGCGGCGCAAACCCAGCGUGGGACCGUCGCUGCAAUAAGACCAAAGAGCAUUGGGAUAGAGCGCUGAUGUAUUGGAAUACGAACAGACAACCCGCUCUCACGAAGCUUGCGCUUCGAGCCCGGCACGCUGCCGACGUCAUUGCAAUCCAAGAGCCUGCCAAGAACGCCAAGACUGGCUAUCCUAUAUGCCCGAGCAGGAGCAGCUACCGCCUCGUCUUUACCGCCGGCCGCGCGGCGCUCUACGUUCACAAACGGCACGACAUUGGGUCGUGGACCAGCGACGGAGGCAUCGACUGGUGCAGCGUCACCUUCACCAAGCCCAACACCACAAUCUUCUCCGUCUACUCCCCGAUCUAUGCUAGGGAGCCUGAUAGAAGCCCGCUACCUGGCCUCGCAUCGAGCACGCCUCGCUGUAGAGCUGCCUUCGUCGGAGACUUCAACAUCCACCACCCGCUCUGGGACAUCCAUAACCGGACGUCGGACAACUGCGAUGCCAUACUAGAUUUGGCGAGUCGAUGGAAUCUCGCCCUCGCCACGCCUGAGGGCGAAAUUACUCGUCUUGCUGGACCAGGUACACGUGACAGCACGAUAGACCUUGCCUGGGUCUCGCGGGACCUCUCAGCGACGUACCUGGGCAGGGCAGAUAUCACUGGCUCGGAUCACAUCCCGCAGCUUCUGCAACUCGACAUCGGGCCGCCUCCGCCCCGCUUACGUCUUCGGGGACUUCCAAUAAACUGGCGUCUACUCGACCCCAAACGUGCCCACGCGGAGGCGACGACACGGCUCAGGCCCUCGAUCGCCCCUCCCGCACCGCAAUCCCUCAGAGAAAUUGACGAUUAUGCCGACUGGCUAGUCAACCAAUUGGCAGAGAUCGCCUUUUGCGCCGCGCCCGAGGUCCGCGGCCGAGCUGAUGGAGGCAGAGAAGAGUGGUGGACCCGCGACGUUGAAAACGCCACCCGGGCGGCUAAGCAUGCCGAAAGGCUCUACUUAAGAACCAGAAACCCGGCCCACUGGGAAGCGCGACGCAACGCCGCAGCGGCGCAGAAUCGAGUCGUUCGCGAGGCGUGUCGGAGCGCAUGGAGGAGGCAUCUCCACGACGCCUCCUCUCUCGCAGAAUGUUAA